GUCCGCCAUCUUGGCACGAGCAAAACUUACCAGCAGAUUGCUUGAAGAAAUUGUGUGAUUAUUUCCUCCUAGGAUAGUGCUUCUACCAGAAACAACAAUAUGGCUAUGUGUUAGAUAAGAUGCUGUGUUAAUUAGUGCGGGGUAGGACCCUUAUAGCCCUACGUUGGGCUAGAAUUUCAACAAAUUGCUUGAUCGGCUCAGCAGACUACCGGGCUCUUCAAGAUGAGCACGACGAAGUUAUCGUUUCGUGCCCGGGCUUUGGAUGCCGCCAAGCCCAUGGCCGUUUUCAUGGCUCAUGAACUGCCAGAUUUACCGGACUUUACGAUUAUUAAUCGUGCAGUCCCUCAAAUGCCAACCGGCAUGGAGAAAGAAGAAGAAACGGAACACCACCUUCAGCGUGCCAUUGUUACUGGCUUGAUUAUUCCCACUCCAGAAGUGUUCCAGGUUGAUGAAGCAGGCUGCUACAGCAGAUGUUACCCAGGAGAAUGGAAAGUGCCAAGAAAUCUUAUUCACAUGCAACCAUUUACAAUGGAACAAGACAUUCCAGACUACGACAUGGAUUCAGAUGAUGAGAGGUGGAUUAAUUCUCAAGCAGGAAAGUUAGACAUUACUCCAUUACAGUUUGAAGAAAUGAUGGACAGGUUGGAAAAAAAUUCGGGCCAAACUGUAGUUACACUCAAUGAGGCAAAAUCAUUGUUGAAACAAGACAAUGAUUAUAUAAUUGCAGUAUAUGAUUAUUGGCUAAACAAACGUCUCAAAAUGCUCAAUCCGUUAAUUCCGCAAGUAAAGACGGAAAAAUUCGGAGGAACCGGUUCCAGCGGCAAUCCGUAUAUCGCGUUUAGGCGCCGAACUGAAAAGAUGCAAACGCGUAAGCAUCGGAAAAAUGAUGAGGCUUCAUACGAAAAAAUGCUGAAAUUGAGGAGAGAUUUGAGUCGUGCAUUAUCACUUUUGGAUAUGAUAAAAAAGAGAGAAAAGUUUAAGCGAGAAGUGGUGCACUUUGGAAUCGAAGUGUACGAGAAACGGUAUCAGCUCUCUGACUAUUCGGGACAUGUCAUCAAUGAAUUAACAUCGCAAGUUAAGCAACAACCACGUCCCAAUUCAGCACCGUUGUCCACUAUUCAGAGCUCUAAUGUAUGGUCUAAUGCCAUUCCCCCCUUGACCGGGAACCUUCCUUCUAUACAAACAAAUCGAGGGCGAUCGUUCAAAGACGAGCUGCUGAUCCGAAAAGAACGCCGGAAUUACCGUAAACGGCGGCACAAGAAUUCCACAACCCGAGGAGGAUUGACAGCAAUCGGAGUUCCUACACCGACUGCGUCAACAGUAUCGGCAUCAGUCGCAUCAUCAGUGCGUGGUAUGAGUUGUUUUAGCGAUGGACCUUCUGCGAGCUCUGAGGAUGAGGCAGAAAGUGCCGUUGUUGCAUCCCAAAGCGAGGCUGAUGAAGCUGAAUCCGACAUCGAAAAACAAGGCCCCUUUACAUUUCGGCGUAAACUUCACUGCAAUUACCUUGCUCCGACCCAGGUGUCAAGUCCACAUCCUUACUAUGGUCCCGAUGAUGGUGGGUUAGCUGAUAAGAGGUUCCGAUUCUGUCUGACUUCUUUGGCGACGCCUCGGCCUCGUUGCAUUGGGUUAGCCCGCAGACGUGUUGGGCGGGGAGGAAGGGUUGUCCUGGAUCGCACUUCUUCUCCGUUUGAAGCCACUUGGGGCAGUAUGGAUGACAGAUCUAGCCAUCCGACUCUAUCUGAAGAUUUGAAGGAAGAAAUCCGAACAAGCUGGAAACAUUUUAGGCCAAGUUCACCCGCCGAACCACUGAUCGAAUCGAAUUGCAACGAGCCCAGUAGUAAUACUGUCGGUUCAGUUGAUAUCCAUACGGAUGACAAAAACGAUCAUUAUCAGAAUUUCGAUUCCCCGACCGUUGACAGUUUGUUUUUCGAUGCGGGUCUAGACGGCUUUAGAGUGCCACCGGCUGAGUUUAGCCCACCUUGCGUCACCAAUUCGAAUUUCAACGUUAUUGGUGACACUGCGUCCUCUAUUGGGAAAAUGGAUCUAGACUGGUGGAAUUAUUUCGACUCUGUCCAACCCGAAGAUGUUACGGGAGAGGCCAGUCCGCAGGAACCGAACGGCAAAAAACCCCUUCCCUCUGUUCACUUGAACGGAGUAGGAUCACCGUCAACUGCGACCGAUUCUCCAUUCUGGAAAAUUCCCAAGAGUGCCUCUUUGCCGAAUAACGAUUGUUCAAUGGUGAAUCCGUGCUUGGGUGACAUACACACUGCUGAAGACAAGGACCAAAAUAACCAAACUGUUGUCGAUUUCCUUUUGAUCGACUCUACGUUUGCCAUGGAAGUCACGUGACUUGCAUUAAAACAGAUCCCUGCGGAAAAUCAACCUGUUUUUCUCACCCCCUUUUCCUUUGUCAUUGUAGAUUGUUCAUAUCGCCAAUGGUUAUUAUUCAUUUUUUACUCAGGGAUAGUCUUCAGUUACUUAUCCGUAUUCUCUAUGAGAGUUCGCUUAUGUAGAAAGCGUCACAUGUACAUUUGUCAUUCUAAUGAUAACGUGCUCCAUUUUUCGCAUAAGUGUUCAUUUAUUUAAGGAGAACCAAACACGAUCUUACGUAUUACGCGAAGAUAUGAGCUUCGAUGAAGAGGCAAAAAAUUUCUAUGGAGGAUCAAUAAGCAGCUGGUCUCCCAACUCAUUGGCAUUGGAUGGCACCUGUAGGAAUUUCGUAAUUUUCCUUGGCCGUGAAUUUGUCUUGUUUUGCAGCCACUUGUCUUUGCUUUCCGUGGAAGCAUGUCGGUUUGACAGCUGGUUUAAAGUAAUCAUGCUUGUGUCAAGGUUAACCGACAAAUGCAUUAAUUGGUCUUUUUCAAUGAUCGAUUUGAAACUUUUUGUAAUGUUCCAUUUUAAUUUGGAAAGAAACCCUCCGUGCGAAAUGCUGGAGCCUCUUGUAAAGUACAGCCUAGAGCACAAGGCUGAGUGUGAUAAUUUUGGCUCCAACAACAAAAAUGCUUUUUCCCACAGUGAAGUUUUUUCCCUCAUCUCCCCAAUUAUUAUUUUUUUUUUUUAAGCUGGAGUACCAUCUUCAUCGAAAAUUGCGUAAAAACAAGAGAGUCUGAAAAGCGAAAUAUUCGUGAAUGUACAGUGUCGUUCGUGUGUGUGUAAAUACAUGUAUUUUGUUGAAA